AUGUCUCGCUAUAAUACCGGGAUUGAGAAUAUCCCGUCGUUGUUUGAUCUCGCAAGUGCCAUGACGGGAUUUGUCUCGGACUUUGCGCAGGUGAUCCUUGGCUCCACGCAGACAUCCUUUAAAGCGGCCUCACUGGAAGAAGAUGAUAUGGGGCAAUAUGAUGCCGCCGCGAGAGGAUGGAAGGGAACAGGUGGACUACACUAUCGAGUUCCAUUAUAUCCUAUUCCUAGUGAACGUCAUACACGUGAUAAGACACGAAAUAUUAAAAUUCUUAUGGAUAAUUGUCGUCGUCUCUGUGUAGAGGAUGAAUUACCUUGUACAAAGGAAGAGAAACAGUUUUGGACGGCCUAUCGGUUUAUGAAGUAUCAAAUGUAUCUUGCCCCAACCUGUAUUAUUAUGCCUCCUGUGUAUAUAUUCUUUCGUAUGUUUCAAGAUCGUAUGCCCCGUCCAAUGCGAGGUCGAACCAUUCCAAUAACACUUUCUCUUGCACUUGCAGAACAAUGGGCAGAAGCAACUUAUCCAGGACAUCAAUUACUUUCAACAGCUCUUAAGGCAAAAACACCAAUGGGUGAUGCGGCAAGGGCAGAGUGGCUUCGUUUACAACCAGUAGACAUACCUUUUUAUAUUUAUACAGCCUAUCAGUUUCAACAUUUUUUUGGUAACACACCGAUGGAACUCCAAUUUGGUGGAGAUGUCCUUUCACUAUGCAGCUAG